AGAUGGUUGUUUGAGAACAUCCACAACAAGGUUGAAAUAUCAAACAAGCAAAUGCCUCCUCCAUCUGGAACAAUUGUCGGUUCAUCUAUGAAAAUACGCGUUCCUUCAACGAGGAAAUUCUUGUGCUAGCUAGCAGAUUUCUGCACUAGCAACUCGGAAAUUUAGAAAAUUCCUGAAACGAUAGCUAGAUGAUGAAUCUUUUCUAUGUCUAAAAUCUCAGGGCUGCUUGUUGUUAGCUGGCUAGCUAGCUAGCUAACGUUAGCUAACAAGAUAACUGGGUAUGUAUUUUUGACUGGGCUAGCUACUAGCUGGCUGGCUAGCUAGCUAGCUGUUAAAUUUCCUAACAUGUGUUUGUCUCAAAAUUUAACCAGUUAUCGCUAACUAAUCAGAACUAUUAAGCUGCCUUACUACGGCUAAUCUCGAUACAUAUUGUUUUGCAAAUCCGUAACAAACCAAACAGUUUCAUCCGAGCUAGCUAGCCAGCUAGCCUCAAUACAACAGAAGAAUGAGCAGAAAACAACAUCAUCAUUUGAAAGGAGCCGAAGUAAGCUGCUGUGUAAAAUAUUUUUUAUUCGGAUUCAACAUUAUAUUUUGGUUGCUUGGAGCUGCCUUCCUGGGCAUUGGACUUUGGGCAUGGGCUGAGAAGGGAGUGCUGUCCAACAUCUCGUCCAUCACGGACCUGGGCGGCUUCGACCCGGUGUGGCUGUUUAUCGUGGUGGGAGCGGUGAUGUUCAUCCUGGGCUUCGCCGGCUGCAUCGGAGCACUGCGGGAAAACACCGUCCUGCUCAAGUUUUUCUCAGUAUUCCUGGGGCUCAUCUUCUUCUUGGAGUUGACGGCGGGCAUCCUGGCCUUCGUGUUCAAGGACUGGAUCAAAGACCAGCUCAACCUGUUCAUCAACAACAACGUCAAAGCCUACCGGGAUGACAUUGACCUGCAGAACCUCAUUGAUUUUGCCCAGGAAUACUGGUCGUGUUGCGGUGCUCACGGGCCCAACGACUGGAACCAGAACAUCUACUUUAACUGCACGGAGAUGAACCCCAGCCGCGAGCGCUGCGGAGUGCCCUUCUCCUGCUGCGUCAAAGACCCUGCCGAGGAUGUCCUCAACACACAGUGUGGUUAUGACGUGCGGCUUCAGGGGGACCUGGAUCAGCAGCGCUACAUCAACACCAAAGGCUGCGUGGGCCAGUUUGAGAAAUGGCUCCAGGACCACCUGAUUGUUGUGGCCGGAGUCUUUGUGGGCAUUGCACUGCUACAGAUCUUCGGCAUUUGCCUGGCACAGAACCUGGUGAGUGACAUCAAAGCGGUGAAAGCCAACUGGUGACAUGAGGUCUUGGAGGAGAGUUGAGAUGGGGAGAGAGCACCAUGGGGGGUGGAGGGGAGGGUGGGGGGACCACUCCUCCCCCUCCCUCCCGCUCUCGCUCUCUCUCUCUUUAUUUCUCUCUCUUCCUCCCUCCUUCCUCUCGGCUCCUGCCCGGACACAGAGCUCUGUCGAGGCCAGACGCCCACGCAAGGGGAGCUUCACAGGAUCCGCGGCAGCAGAGACCCACCUCACAAACGGAUCUAUUUUUCUUUUUUUUUUCUUUUCCGUUAUUCCGUCUGUUAUUCUUGCUGUGUGUCUCAUUUGGGUCCUGUCUUUUUUGGGAUGGGAUAAUGGGUGUAGUUUGUGUGUGUGUGUGUGUGUGUGUGUGUGUGGUUCAGACUCUUUUGUGUGCUGGUGUGUUUGUUGAGGACUGGAGAGAGUGUUAUGGCCUGCAGCUGAAGCCAGACAAGUGGAGUUCUCUCUCCCCUCUCUCACACACACACACACACACACACACACACACUUACACACAUUUUUAUCGCUCUCAUAUCAGAGGUAAUCACUGCCCACCGCAGUCCCUGCGCUCUCUCCCUGAAUGAUAACUUCUUAAAUACCAUUACCGUCUUGUCCUGAGUAGCAGACAAUUACCCUCUUUUAAAUUGGAGUGGUAUGGGAUUUGGCGGUGUGAGUGUGUAUGUGUGUGUGUGUGUGUGUGUGUGUGUGUGUGUGGGGUGGGGGGGGAUGUAUUCCUGAGUGGAUGUGGUUUUGUGCAUUUAAAGGGGCUAGGGGAUGGAUGGGUGUGUGUGUGUGUGUGUGUGUGUUAGAGGGAUGGGGUGCACGAUGCAAGCAGACUGGGCUCUCUCUGUGUGUCCGCCUGCCCCUGGCCCGCUCUCAUGCAGCACAACUGGACUCUAGCUGCCAUGACGCUUCCUCCUCCACUGAGCCGCCGCCAGCCUUAACUGUGCUGUGGGACGCAUUCCGGAACACCCCGCCAGCCUAUGGGGUCAUGGGAGAAGCCAUCGCAGACCUCUUCCUCUUCCUUCUCUUCAUCUCUCUCUCUCUCUCUCUCUGUGCCUCUGUGGAGGGCACCUUGGACUGGCCUGGGUGUGGUGCAAACCUGAUGGCCCGCUGAUGGACUUCGGCCCCGGCUCUUGAUGGAGCCCAUUUUACUUGAGAAAGACACUUGUGCAUUAUUUUUUUUUCUUCCCCCUUUUUCAGUUUCUACCACUAUUCUACCACUGCGAGAUUCAGAAAAAAAGCGAAAUAUGUAUGUCAAUGUUGUCUAUGUUUAGCUGUGAUCUUUUUAAUUUGUGUCUUUUUAUUUUGUAAAAUUUAUUUUUGUAAUUUUUGUGUUCGGUGGGAUUCCGAUUUUUUCUGAAAUGAAUAUCUUGAGGAGUAGCUAUCGCUUUAACUUUUUCUGUUUCUGUUUUGCUUAACAUGUUUUUGUUUUUGUUUUUCUCUAGAGAAUGGCAUUCAGUAUCAUAGAUAUAUAUUAACAAAAAAUAUUAUAAUACAGAUGAAGCUGCUUUGAGUCUUAUUUAGAUUUUAUUAGAUUAUUACUCUACUAAUCCUGAUGCGGAGUCCUCUGAAUGCAUUAUCGUAGUUUUGACACCCUCAACAAAUCAGACCAGGUUGGAAUAUGCUGCAGUCAGUGGCAUCAUGGCAAACUUAAACCUUUAACGUUACGCAUACACACCAGCCUGUGUGAUAAGCUGACCACACACACACACACACACAGGCAGAGAUUCACAGGAGGAAGAUGCAUAUCCUCUGUUUUGAGCCAAGAUUGUACGUCUCAGUGGAUCUCUAGGUGCCAAGGUGUUGUCGUCACUUUCUCUAGAAACUGCAGUUCCUGUUUUUAAAUAACCAAUACUUGAGAACCAUGUUCUGGCCGUAAACGUUGACGGUACUUUGUCAUAUUCAUAGGAAGCAACAGUUGUUAAUGGGUAAUCUUUGUUUUUUUUUUUGUGAGUCAUGACUCACUCACAAUUCUUAGUCAGUGGCUAGUUAGGGAGAAAGUCUUCUCUUCAGUAUUGAGAGUGAACUGUUCCUCUUUAUUGCAUCUGCAGACAUUUUGACAGUUAUUGCAGAAAAUAGACUUGAGUUUUCUUGUUUUUGUGUGAAUUAAUAUCAUGCAGAACCAGGUCAUGGGCAUUACACUUUUCAAACCGAAGAUUAAUCUAAUGUCCAUGAUCUGUAUUCGUUUAGACAGGAAGAAAAAGAUGUGACGUCACACCUUGGUACUUUGUCCAUGGUUCUGUUUUGGGCGUAUAUCCGCUAUAAACCACUGUUGGAAGCUCAUAUUUUUCGCUGGAGCUUUUCUCGUCCUCCCUACUAGAGGGCCCCCGAGUUUGCCUACCCAGUCUGCAUGUCGCCCUCUUCAGGCGAGGGAUGAGCAUUACAAUGAUGCCGAGAAGGCUCCUGUGUGGUGGCAGACUAGUGCUUUUUUUAUUUGUUUAUUUUUUAAAUUUGUUUAUUGUUUGUUUUUAUAACAUAAAGGUCUUUUCCUGUGGUAAAAUAGCAAGGCUCUCUGCAUGCUCUUAGAUUAAAAGCAUGACGGCACAAGUGUAAUGGGAUCCCCCCCCCCCCCCUCUCUUCUCUCUCGUCGGUUUGUAGAUGCUGAAAUGAGGCUUCGCUCACAGACCUCACUCAUUUAUGAGGGGAGGGGAAGAGGGGAGGUUUUAUAUUCAGCCUUAGACAUUCUAAGUAAAGAAAAAAAAGACGGCAAAAAAGAGAGAGUAACACAAGAAAGAGUAGAACUGUUACCUUUGACAUUGGGGGUUGAUGUAUAGCCUACAUAGAAAUCGUCUGUUACACUUUAGUCAACAAUGUAGCUAGCUAUAUCAGCGCGGUCCUUUUUAAUGAUCAGAGGAUGCCGAGGUAAUGCAUGUCAGAGUAUUUCGUGGUGGACCAGAUGUUUGGACCUAAUGUUUGGGGGGGAACAGAGCGAGGAAUAAUGUCCUAUCAGAGAUUGUAUAUAUCAUCUUCUGCCUUUCCGAGUGGAUCCAAGAGGUGUUGUUUUUCUCUGGCAAUGUUCUUGGAUGUAGUUUUGCUGCAGUACGGUCAGAGGAAGGCUCUGUCUGGCCUUGUGUCUGACAUGCCCUGCUCAUCCUGAGUGGCCUUGGUCUCUUGAAAACAAGGUCUUCCUCACGCUCAAACACAUUCAGGGUCAUGCUGUAUGAUUGGGGACAAAAAAUGUAACUGUUUCUCAAAAAGAAAAAAAAUGUUUAUUUCCUCUCUCUCUUGCUUUCUCUCUCUCUCUCUCCCUUGCACUCCCCCUCUUUUUGCUUUGUGUUCUGCAGUACUGUGCUGAUGUAUUCGUUGUUUUGUUUUGAAAAUGGCCUUUUUCACUGUUCUUUUUUUUUCAUGCUAUUGUGACAAGAUUGCAAUCGACAUUCCUGAAGAGACACCUCCUGCUAUCAUGAAUGUAUAACUGCCAGAACCACCAAUUCCCUCUGUUUUAUUCAGAGAUGUCAUCGAUGUAAACUCGAAAUGCAAGCGCACAGUGGAUGUGGACAAAAGUAAUGUGAAUUUCAAAUGAAUACUCGUCUAUUGUUAGGCAUUAGAAUAUGGAUCUUAUAUAUAUAUAUAUAAAAAAAAAAAAAAACAUAAAGUCAUCCUCUUGUAUAUAAAAACCGAGAAUGGUGACAUUCCAUUUUUGUGUGCAAUUAUUUUCCCUUGGAAAUGCAAACAUUCUUUUUUCCCCUCUCCCUUCCUUCCCUGUCCUCCUGUCGGUUUCCAAAGCUAAUACUCUGGGUGUUUCAUUUGAAAGCUUUGUCAGCCAAUUUGCCUGCCACAGAGCGCUCGAUUUAGGAGUGGCGAUAAUUAGUAGGCUAAUUUACAUCUCUGGGUUUGCUUGAUCCAAAGCACAUUUACAAGGGGAGGUAGCCAUGGUUACGGUGGAGGACGAUUAGGAGUGUAACUUUUUGAUAAUAUGAAACGUCUGACUUCAUUCUUCCAGGUGACUCUUAGAGCGUCAUGAAUAUUUCAAUACCCAUGGUAGUCACGCUUUCCCACACAGUGGAAUCCUUUCAAUGUUAAGAAAAAAAUACCUUGACAUUUUAUUCAAUAUAGGCAUUGUCAUUCAGCAAACAAAGAAUGAAACACCAGACAUGGGAGAAUCUGUCAGGUUUUGUCUUUAAUUUUUUUGUGUUUUUUUUUUUAAUGGUUUACAUUCCCACAAGAGUUUUCAGUCUACCUCAUCAAGCAGAAGCGUUUCAUAGUGAUUCAUGAAGCUGUCUGUACCAACACACCCGAUGUAAACGCACAGCAAGAUCUAUGUUUUUUCUUUUUUUGGAAACAAGCAGUAACAAGCUAUUAAUCAGACAUUGUUACAUUGCUGCACCAAGUCUUACAAAGCUGUAAAACUUCCAGGUUGUGGCGUUCAGAGGGGUUUUUAUUUUUGCUCUCGAGCUCUGCUGGUGCGCUUUACCAGGUACAGACUGUGAAGUAGAUGGAGGGGAAACCGCUCUCCUCAAAAGCAGGCCAUGUCAUUUGUUUUGAGUUUGUCGUCUCCCUCAGCCUCUCAGGGGACCGCUUGUCACCCUGUGAUGUGAUGCUCAAAUGUCAUUCCAGACUCCCCCAUUUGCUACGUUGAAUAAUAUGCAUUAUACAAACCAGGCCAGUGCAUAUCAAAUAUCUCAAUGAGCUAUUUGUUAGCAUUUGUAGUCGUAGUCAAAAGGCAGAGGGCUUUCAUUUUCAUACUCAACUUCUACAACUGUUAUAGCCUCAGUUGAUGUUUGCCGGGGGAAAUGACUCAUAAUCUUAACCUUUGUCUCUACUAACCCUUGUUUAUUGAAGUCAUAGCAUUGCAGAAGCAACAUUAUUUCUAUCCUCCCUCUGUUCCUAUGUUUCUUGGGGGAAGACAUUGGUGUUCUUUCAAUCUUAUUGUUUUGUUUUCAUGAUUUACAAAAAGACAAGCAGCUUCAAGAAAUGUCUUCAUUAUGUUGGUUUGUUUUAUUCUGAACUCAUGCGAAAGACUAGUUUUAUCGAGCAAUUUGCAAACCUGACGUUGAUUGUGGGACAUGGUCUGCUACACUGUAUAUUGUUACAAAUAUGCUUCUUUUUCAUAUUAAAUAAAACAAUUUAUGACAAAAAUAAACCCCACCAUGAUCAA